AUGAUACUACAAGAUGUGAUAGAUCCCAUGCUCUAUAGAGUGUUCCCUGCGACAUUAAAGGCGUCAGCUCAAAAAUGGUACUCAUGCCUCAAGGCAGGAUCGAUAAGUUCUUUCUCCGACUUAGCGUCAUCAUUCAAGGCGAGGUUCAGAACUAAUAUUCCCAUGCAGAAGAGCUCCAGCGACCUGAGAAAGUGCGAGCAGGGAGAGCAGGAGACCCUCAAGAAUUUCGUAGAAAGAUUCAACAAAGAAGCAGUUCAGAUUGAAAAUUUGAAUCAUGACGCAGCCAUUGAAGCGAUGAAAAUGGGAACGAAGUUUGAAGAACUCCGAGACAAGAUCCUGAUGAAAAAGCCAACCACCUUUCAAGACUUAAUGCUGAUCGCUCAUAAAUAUGUGGAACUAGACGAAGCUCGAAGGACCCUGACAAAACAACAUGAGCACACCAAGCAGGAUAAUUCCAGGUAUCGAGGGAAAAAGGAAGAAGAUAGGCUAAGGACUCAGCGAUAUGGCGCAGGACAUAGACCCUAUGAUUUCACUCCACUGAAUAAGGCACCGAUCUACAUACGCAGCUGGAUGAAACAAAACCGAGUGAUGUUCAACACACCCCGAAAGAUGGACCCUGACAUCCAGAGGGACAAAAGCAAAUACUGUCGUUUCCAUGAAGGUUACGGCUAUGACACAGAUAGGUGCUGGGAUCUCAAGAGAGAGAUAGAGCAGCUAAUUCAAUCUGGACUAUUAAAGAAGUUUGUCAAUGACAGGCCUGGAGAUAAAAGGAAAGGGGAGCCAAUAGAGAAAGAAGAACAGAACAAGAAGAAAAAAGAGGUCACAAGCGUAGUACACGUGAUAGAAGGAGGAGAGCCCUAG